ACUUGCGGAGUGAGGUGUGUGCUUUGAGUGCAUCGAUCUAAAAAUAACGUCAAGAUGGGAGGUUGCUGUUACUCAUGUUUGAAAUUCUUAGUAAUUAUCUUCAAUUUGAUCUACAUGCUUCUGGGGCUUGCCCUGCUGGGCACGACGCUCUGGAUCUACCUGGACGACACGAUGCUGGCACCCGUGGGCGCUGCUGACAUGGAGGGCUACAACCACGUCAUCUACUUCCUCAUGGUCGUGGCUGCCAUCAUGACCGUCAUGGGCUUCAUCGGAUGCUGCGGUGCCCUGCAAGAGUCGCAGUGCAUGCUGGCCACCUUCUUCGCCCUGGUGCUGGUGCUCUUCAUCGGCAAGAUCGCCGCGGGCACUUGGAUCUACCAGAACCAGGACCAGUUCGCCAAGGUGCUGGAGAAGAGCGUCGCGCGCUCCAUCCAACAUGACUACGGCAAGAUCGACGUGCGCACCAAGGCCUUCGACCUCCUGCAGUCCAAGCUGCAAUGCUGUGGCGCCUCAGGUCCCUCGGACUGGGCCGAGUCUCGCUACAAUCAAGCGGACGAUAAAUCCGCCCUCGAGAUCGGCAUCGGUAAAGUCAUCGGCGUGUACAAGGUCCCUGAGUCCUGCUGCAAAUCGACCGUCACCCAAGACGACUGCGAGACCAAGCGACAAGUGAGCCUGGCUGCUACCUUCUUAGACCGAGACAUCAUCUACAGCACAGGCUGCGCCAGCAAGAUCAUGGAACUCGUCCAGCAGCACGACUACAUCGUCCUAGCCGUCGUCUUGGCUAUCCUCCUCAUCGAGGCUAUGGCCAUGAUAUUCUCGAUGGUCUUGUGCUGCGCCGUCAGAAGGAUCGAUCACUUCAAAGCCUAAGUUUUAUCACCCGGCCAUCAUAAACUUCAGGGCUUAUGUUGUAAAACCAGGCGAUCGACGACUUCAAGCCUAUGUUGUAAUACUGGGCGCUCGACCACUGCAAGCUUAUGUUCCAAUUACCGAAUAUCGGUAUCGCAUCAAUAAGAAAAUAUAGAAGUUUCAUGCGGCCUAAGGGAUAGAAUUUCUACACUUUGAAGGGAUGUUGUAGUCGCUAGUUUGAUGUGAACUUUCAUUGGGAUGUUAAAAAAUUGAGAAGGAUUUCUGAGUUGGUAGUUUGAUGCCAUAAAGUUUCAAUUGAUUAAUUUAUGAUUAUACGGAAUGGCUGGCAGUAGAGUGAGGCAAUCCACUUGAACUUAGAAUACAACAACAAUCUUAGUGCAAAAUCCUGUCCCUUGUACCGGUCCAAAGUAUGUUUGUUAAGUUAUAAAGUAAUGGUGCUCCAGAGGUCUCAGUCUGUGGCUCUGUGCCGGUACGAGAAGCUGCAUUUGCUGACGCUGCGGUAAUAAGGAAAGCUUUUAUCGUGAGACGCGCACUCUAUUUUAACACGAGCUCUGGACUGGGCGAUGCAAGCUUUAUGAAACAUCAACGUUUUGAUUAAUUACCGUUCAAAUUGGCCCGAUGAAGCGAUAAGAAAAAACGAUCUUUGUUACCGGUAUUGCUUACUUUUUUGUCUUAUUAAUGAAAGAUCUAGACGAUUUUAUUGUCAUUCUAUUGUAACGGGAAAUCGUACAUUUAGAACAAUUUACAGUGGCUGCCCAGGAGCAUAAACGUUGUAGACGAGGAGAGAGAUUUUUUGUCACGGGGUUGACUAGCCGUUUUUUCCCCUCAUCAGUUUCUAAUUUUCUCUGUAUUUAAGAUAUGAAAAUUUUAUAUCAUUUCCAUCAUGAUGUUUGUAGUGCAUCCAUGUAUGAUUUUACUAGAUUUUCAAUCGGGUCUUUAUUGGAUUUUGUAUCGUGUCUUUGCUUGGGGACCCUAUUUCAUUUUACACGCUGCCAAUUUAUACGUUACGCGUAAUCCGGAAAUCUGGUAGUUUAAAUGAGUUCUAAAUGAGCCACUUUCAUUUGAACUAAUAAUUAUCUUAGGUUCGCACUUCUUCCUGAGGAACUUGGCUGCUUACUUUAACCAUGAGCGCGCAGUGGACAUUGUUCGCUGGAGCGUCCACUUUCUCGUCUCUGUCUCAAAUUCCUCGUACGUUCUUGCCGACGGUGUGUGUCGCAUUAUUUAUUGAGCACAAGAAUGGCUACAAAGAAAGUGAUUUCGCAAGAACACUGAUUAAUAUCUGUGCAUUUUACCGCGUUGCGCACAAAAGUCGACUGUGUGCCGAAACUGCAUUUUCCUUUGCUUAUGAUAAUCUUAAACUUGAUGAGUUCAUUAUGACAGGCUUACUUCCUAAUCAGUUGUUAAGAGCUCUGAAGUUUCAAGUAUUUGCCUGUUGGUAGUUAUCUGGUCCUCAUUUCAGGGAAGUUUUACUUAUGCUGCUAGGUCAAUAUUGAUGGUUUAUUCUUAGGUUAUUUCAACUUGUCAUUACUGCCAAAUCUUCAGAUCGAUGUUCAGGAAACACAGCUGCAUUCUCUACCUUAUGUAUUCUUGUGUAGUUCACUUCAAUUAAUUGCUUCUAAGUAAUGAUUUGAGGAAACAUAAAGCUUCGUCAUCAACCGUUACAGCUCUGCUAGGACUGCAUUAUCUUAUUUUAGGCUGAGUUUCUUAGGCUUUAUUGACACUGAUUUCUCAUGCUCUGUGUUUAAAAAUCAAUUAUCAAUUUUAUGUUGGCACCAGAAAUUCUCUUCUAUUGCGGCUGAUUGUUAAUGUAACGCAAACUUGGACACAAGCUUUGCUUGCUGGCCACUGGAGGUACGAAUCUCAAUGUCUGUAUGCUAGCCAUGUUCACGGAGCAUUGGUUCCUCGAUCUUUGUUCUGUAAUACUUGUACGUUUUGGAUGCUCCGUGUAACUACUCGCUUCUUACUUGUACUUCUUAAGAAUCUCGUUUAUUGCUACCAUCAAGACCUGCUGAAAGAUCUGCUUCAUUUACCGGUCAGAUGUUGAGCCUUCACACUCUAGUAUUCUUUUGUAUGUAUUUUCUCAUUCAAUAGGUGUAAUGUUUUGCUUGUUAAGUUCCACUAAAUGUAAGCUUCGGUCAAAAUAUUCUCAGUUCUAAUAUAGUUUUAAUCGAACUAGCUAGUGUACAGUUAUCCUAAAACUACAAAAUGUAAUGCAUCCUUACCUACAAAUAAAUAACUUGUAGAAAUUCUACUUGCGUAACUUAGAGGAAGAUCUGGCUCGUAUAACGUGAAAAACAUCUUUACUUGCUAGCAUUUGUGUUUAGUUCGGCGUUCAGAUGAGAAGAGAUCGUCAGGAGUUCAAAUAAUGGUAACACGAACCAGAUAUUUCAUUCCCGUGAAAAAUUUCCCGUAUCGCUUUGCUCCCACUGGUCGUAGUCACGAUACUGGGCUAGGUCAUGGGUCAGCUCCCUUCGUCAGGUGAAGGUUGUGGUGUUGGUCAUCACUUCCAUGUAACGCCUCUUCCUGAUUCGCCUCAUUUAGACUCAAUUUCCUCGACUCCAAGACGCUGUUGAACUUUAAAUGAAAGGAAAUGUCUCAAAGAUAAAUUUGAGUUAUUCACACUUUAUACCAUUGAACCGAGACCCGCUGUGCUUAAUAUAGGCGAAUGUUUCAUCAAUAUUAUUAUGCUAUUGUUUCUACCAUAGUCUCAUGCUGGUAAGGCUGCCACAGAGUUCAAAUGGAUAUUAUUAUGCCAAUGCUGCUUGAGACCUCAUGCUCUAAUAAGUCUUAAGAUUUCCUAUAUUGCACUAAGUUACUUUGGUGUAAUCGUAUACUUGCGAUUACUCACGUCUCAAAACGUGACGGCAAAAUACUUUUUUUUAGAUCAACUUUAUUUCACGUCGACAAUAGAUCUGAUUUCACUCACGAAAGCUCUAAUCGUACGUCAUACGGUUUAUUUAGCGUGUAUAAAUGUGUGUAAAGUUCUCUAUAUUUACUUAAUUCUAUGGUACCGACUUGUCGCACACCCGUCACGGCCUCCGCACUUCUGCUGGUUAGAAGGAAAUUAGCGCCGGUGUAGCGAAAUGUGGACAGAGUUUCUCGUGCGAUCAGGACAACAAAGCUUCACUACAGGCUGAGAACGGGACGUUGUGUGCGCUGGUUAAUAGUUUAGAUUUAGCUAAUAUGGAACUAUAAGUGGACGGUAUAUUGAAGAUAUUACGUACGAGACUUUUUCAUGUCUAUAAUGAUGGAGAGAUGAACAGCAACUCUCAUUAGUUCAUACUAUUAGUCCAAUUUAUUUCGCUGUUGUUAAUCAAUCUGAUAGAUGUAUGAUUUGCCUAUUUACCGUCUUGACGGUUCUGUACCUACCAGCUACAGCACAAAAAAUAAAACCUUAAAUUAUUUCUAAGAAGACCUUUGUUUUCAUAUUUGGGAUCGGAAUAAGCGAUUGUGGUUUUACCAGGAAAAGUUUAGAGAUUUUUUGCGGUUCAGGGCUGCACUCCACGGUGUACCGUGAUCCAUGUGAGACACUUCUCUUUACCGUGGAGUAUUCACACCCAUGGUGCAGUGUACCGUGAUCCAUGUGAGACACUUCUCUUUACCGUGGAGUAUUCACACCCAUGGUGCAUGUUAGUAUACCGCCGGCCACCAUACGUGUGCACUAGCCCUGCCAAGUACCGUGAUGUCUUGAAGUACAUUGUACGAACGUACUCAAAUUUAUUGACGUAAAACUUUGCGAAACUGCAUUUAUAUGAACGGCACAUCCAUUUACGCCAUCGAUAUAAUUGAUCUGUUCUCUUCUAUAUUGAGCGCGAAUUACAUCAUAACAAGAGAGAACACUCAUAUAUAUGUGUACACUCGUAUAUGUAUAUGGAUGCAUUAUGUUUUAUAUAUGGGUAUACCGUAUAAUGGAUGCAUCAUUAUUACCGCACCUGCAAGAUGAUAGUUGCAAAUUUGCUAGGCUGAUAAUAUUUCUGCGGCGACAAGGCCGAGAUCAGGCGUUUCAUCGCAGCAUAUUUCAGACUCACAUAUUGAAGAUACUUGUACUGAUGUGGCCACUAUAUUCCCUCGAAUUUCUGCUACCUCGUCAAUAGCAUCUGUCUCAGAAUAGCAAGGCUAUUGUUAGGCUGGCCACUUCUUUGUAAGCAUUUAUCCACGCAGAUUUGCUAUAACCUGAUGUGGGAGGUAACUUAGGAUACUAUUCGGCCAUGAAAACUUAAUAGAAAUACCCAAAUUAUGAUUUCCAUUGAUAUCUUUUUAGGGACAAAACGUUCAUUAUUCAUUGUGUCGGAGAAAACGUUGAUCAUCAAUUCCCAGAUCCGGACGCCAAUGUUGUCGUUCCCAAGAAGAAUGUCUAGUCGUUCUACGAGCUUCUUCCUCAUCGUUAAACUAUCAUUCUUUUCAAGACUGAACCUUUGGCGCUAUGCCUAACUGGCAGUGGCGAAAACGCUUUCUAAGUUUCAAUUUACUUUUCGAAUAUUUUUUUUUUUGUAGAAAAUGUUGUCAUAUCCCCUCAUGAAGCGCCGGCGAUCAGGCGCAGUAGUGAAGGCUUGAAUGGGAACUUCUGAUGAGUGAAGAGUUGCAGUUACUGAAGAGAAAUUAUUGUUAGUUACUCGGUUUGUUACAUGGCCAGUUGUCAUCUCGCUGCCGCUCAUGAUCAUCAGUCCUAUGAGUAUGAUCGUUGCGGAAAUUCAUCCCUUAAGUCGCUUAUCAAUUUGUACAACUCGUGUCACUUUCCUCGCGUUUGAAAUUUGACUUCGCUCCAAACCUGCAGUCUGCACUCUGCAGUGAGCAUAGAUAGCGAACAACGUAAUUCUCGUACCAUUGUCAAAGAAACGUUAGUGCGAGCUGCAGUUCCUCUCUGAGUUGCACAACUAAUUGUAUUCACAGCUCGGGCGAAUCAUCAAGUAUGAGCUCUAGUGACAGCGCGGAUCUUCACUGCGCUGACAACGUAACGCGACUGCCUGGUGUGUCUAAAGCUCUUAACUCUUGUAAGAUUAGGUCAUCUCCGACACUCAUGUCGCCUGUGUUCUAUACGACCUAUUCUGCAACCCUUUAUUGGAUGCCGGUGGGUGAGGGUCCCAUGCUUGUCGUGGAAAUGCAAUGGUUCCUCUGAACCUUGUAAUGAUGCUCAUUGUUGGAUGAAGCUAACAUAACUAAUGUGAACAACAGGUUUUGUGACUCGCACUGCGUAGAUUAGUCCGCUGACCACGCACGGAAGACUACAGGUUCUGGGGUGGCAGGGAAGUGGUUUGGUGCAGCAAAUUGGGCGGCAGGAAAGUGAUUUGGUGCAGCAAAUUGGGCGGCAGGGAAGUGGUUUGGUUCAACAAAUUGGGCGGCAGGGAAGGGGUUUGGUUCAACAAAUUUGGUGGCAGGGAAGUGGUUUGGUGCAGAAAAACGAUAGAAUUUUCCAGCGGCUGACAAUAAGUAUGUAUGAACACUAUAGGUCGAUGCCGGGCCAGCCUCACGCAUACCCUCUACGUGACAGUAUUUUUUCUUGUCACGCGGUCGCUUACCUUCGUCGAUGUAAUCUUAAUUUAAGCCUAGCAUUAAGACAACAUUUCUAGCAUAUGUAUAUAUAUACUCCAUACGUACAGAUACAAACCCAUAUUGACCGAAGACUAGUUAACGGAAUCCUUUAUUUGUUCCUCACUCUCUUACAUUCAGUGUUACUUUAUGUGUUCAUUUAUGUAAUUCUUAUCCGUCAUUUGCUGUUUCAGGCUCGGAUGUUUUUUGUUGUCCACAUUUCAUAAAUUGAUCAAACACUUUUCCUGAAUUGGUAAAGUCAAUUAUCCUGCAUAGUUAGCGUCCUCUCCUUGAAUGUCUCGUCGUUGACAUCGGUUGUGCAGGAAUCUGCUUGGGGCGUCCUCAGAAUUAUCGUCCUCCUGAAUAUUGCCGAGUUAGUGUGGAAAAUUGUGGAUAUUUUGAGCAGUGGAUAUUCAUUUUGUGGAUAUUCAUGAGCAGUUCUUCAGUCGCAGUAUCUAGGUUACCAGGGCGUUCAGCGAACGCCCUGGAACUCACAUUGUCACAUUCAUGAAAGAUUUCGAAUAAAAUCAUAUUAAUUUUAAUAGUAGCGAAAAAUAUUUGGGAAAACUUUCGCUCUAUGAAUGUAAUUAUAAUCCCGUCGUCACUGAGAUAUUUUGGUAUUACAGUUUCGUCGGAAGCUUCAAAACACUUAAAGCUGAACAAUGUUUUCAUCUCUUGUCAUUUUGUGAAAUUUUAACGUAUAUUUUCUUUGAUAUGUGCUAUCUUUUGGUUCAUGUUGCUUCUUUAUUUUCGAUUUUACUUAUUGAAAUACAAAAUGAGUUAUC